GCUACCCGUGCGGACUAACUUCGGACAUGUCUCCCGGUUCAUUCGGUCUCUAAAUUGUCCUAAACGGUCUCUGUGCGCUGGAGUGAGUCGGGAAAACACGGACCCGCCAAAGGGUGGGCGCGUAUUUUCUGGGAUCCAGCCAACUGGUGUGCCCCACCUGGGCAACUACCUGGGUGCCCUGGAGAACUGGGUGUCCCUGCAGCACCAGUAUCCGUCAGUGCUCUACAGCAUUGUGGACCUGCACUCGAUUACCCAGCCUCAGGAUCCGGCUCAGCUCAGGAGCAACAUACUGGACAUGGCGGCGAGUCUGCUGGCCUGUGGCGUCGACCCAGAGCGGGCCGUACUGUUCCAGCAGUCGAAGGUGUCGGAACACGCCGAGCUCGCCUGGAUCCUCGGCUGUCUCACCAGCAUGCCCCGCCUCCGACACCUCCCACAGUGGAAGAUGAAGAGCAAACUGAAGAGCAACGAAGGCAGCGUCGGUCUCUUCACGUAUCCCGUCCUGCAGGCGGCAGAUAUUCUCCUUUACAAGUCCACUCACGUCCCCGUCGGAGAGGAUCAGGUCCAGCAUCUGGAGCUGGCCCAGGAUCUCGCUCGCAUCUUCAACAACCGCUACGGAGACGUGUUCCCCGAGCCUCGCGCCCUGCUGAGUUCUACGCGAAAGGUCAAGUCCCUGCGCGACCCCUCUGCCAAAAUGUCCAAGUCCGACCCCCAGUCGAUGGCGACCAUCGCCGUUACGGACUCCCCCGACGACAUCGCCCUCAAAAUCCGCCGCGCCGUCACGGACUUCACCUCCGAGGUCACCUUUGACCCGGAGACGCGCCCGGGCGUGUCCAACCUGGUGACCAUCCACGCCGCCAUGGCGAGGACCGGCGUGGAGGAGGCGGUGUCGCAGGCGCGCGGUCUGGACACGGGCGCGUACAAGAGGCUCGUGGCGGAGGCGGUGAUCCACAGGCUGACGCCCAUCAGGGAGGAGAUCCAGAGGCUGAGGGUGGAGCGCGCUCACCUGGAGGCGGUGCUGGCGCGCGGGAACAGCAGGGCUCAGGAACUGGCCGCGCCGGUGCUCGGCGAGGUGCGACAGCGGGUGGGAUUCUGCUGAGAGUGGAAUAAAGCCACAUUCAUGGCGCUCGGCACUUUCCUGCUGCUGAUAUUAAAUUUUUAUUCCAGCGGCUGUUUACAUUUCCAGGAUCGUGGGAGGACGUUAACGCAUUUAUGACAAGAAACGUGUUGAAAAGCAGCGUGUGGAAAAGACUCUGCUCACGUCUGGACUCGCCGGUGGAGGAACUGUUAAUAUUCUUGCCCUUUAGGUUUGUCCCCGUUGACAUGAAUGAGGACAGUGUGUGUGUCUGAUGAUGCGGCGUUAACGUUGAUCUGAGCCGAGCCACAACAACGAGACAUUUGUCUGGGUUUGAGUUAAAGCAACACUGUGCUCUCCUCUGUCCUCCAGACUUUGUACGCUUAUUAAGUGGGUGGAGACUUUGCGUAACAGGUAGGGGUGUCACAAUCUCGAUUUUAAAACCGAAUAUCCAUCGCCACGACGUCACAACCUAGAGUUUUUUAACCACGUUGUGGUUGUAGCCGUUGCGGCACGACUACACCUUAGCUCCUCCCACUAACCCUGAAGCUGAUUCCUGGUACUUUUUUGUAGGUUCCAAGCGAGCUGAGCCGAUAUGAGCCUGAAAAUGUGACGUGGACAGACUGUCGGACGCUGAUCGGUCAGAGAGCGUCGUCACUGGAACUGUUUGACACAAGAAUCAAAAGUGAACGA